AUGCGUUUAUAUUUAACUUUAUUGGCUUUAUGUACAUCGUAUCUUGUAUUCGGUCAAGAAGAUUAUACUAAACCUGAUGAUGAAUCGGAUGAAGAUCCUUGUGAAAACGUAAAAUGUAAAUUGGGUGAAAUGUGCAAAGAUGGCAAAUGUAACUGUUUGGAUAGUUGUCCAUCUGAAUGGAAUAGUUAUAAUCGGCAAUUAUGUGUAGAUGGUGUCACAUAUAGACAUGAAUGUGAUCUAUGGAGAAAUCAAUGUUAUUGUCGAUCAGGUGAUUCAAGAUGUGGAAGUGAUCAAUUCAGUAAUCAUAGAGCAAAUGAAAAUUCUGCAAUAAAAUAUUAUGAUGAAUGUCGUGAUCUUAGCGGUUUAUGCGAUUGGGAUCAGAAUGAAAGUACAUUUUCUCUUCGACUUGGAAUGUGGUUUCAAGAGUUGUUACGUCAAAAAUGGUCUUCUGCUUCUUGGUCAAAUGAUGAUGAUAGUCUACUUCGUCCAAUGGAUGCUAAAGCAAGAAGUACUACAAGUAAAUUAGUAUCACAAAGUUCACCUCAUGAAAGAGUUAAUGGUGCUGUGAUUAGUUAUUGGUUUUGUGAACUUGAUCGAAGGAAUAGAGGUUCAUUACAACAAGAUGAUUUGAACUACUUAUAUCAAUUGUUAUUACCUUCAACACCAUGUUUAGAAGUAUUUAUUAAUCGAUGUUCCGGUUCUGGUGGAAUAUCAUUUGAUCAAUGGCAUAAUUGUUUUGAUAUUCCUCAAGGAACAUUCUCAAAAGUGUAUAGAACUCAAUUUCAUUAUAAACCUGAUCGUUCCCCACAAAUUCCUCCACCCUUAAAAUUAGUGUUAUAUUCCAUUUAA